AACAACUUUCUUGCCAUUCCAUCAACUUUCAUCACGCAUAAAGUUGAUUCGUUUCCCUCUUUGCCCCGACCUUGAUUUGAGUUUCAAUCAUGGCUUACCGUAAUGAGGCUCCCUACCGUCCUCAGGAUGCUCAUGAGGUCUCUGAGAUGAUCCGCGGCCUGACCAGCCAUAUCAAAGGCAACGGUGGAACUGGUGGUUUCUCAUGCAAAAAGGCUACUUUCGACGUAGCAGGCUCAAGCAUCAAGGUCGAUUCCUGGAAGAUGCAAGAUUGGGAUUAUAAGAAGCCCAACCUCCCUACUUACGCCAGAGGUCUUUUUACAACCACAAACUCAAAAGGCGAGCCCGAAAUUGUUACCAGAGGAUACGAUAAAUUCUUCAACCACGGCGAGGUCAAAAAGACCGAAUGGAGAAACGUCGAGCAAAACACAAGAGGCCCUUACGAGCUCAGUGUCAAGGAAAACGGCUGCAUCAUCUUUCUUUCUGGUCUCGAGGAUGGCACUCUUCUGGUUUGCAGCAAGCACUCAACCGGAGCUCGUGAUGACACCGAAGUCAGUCACGCUGUGGCUGGUGAGAAAUGGGUCGACAGACAUCUUGCUUCUGUCGGAAAGGCGAAGAAGGAUCUCGCUGCCCAACUUCGCGCCAUGAACGCAACUGCUGUUGCUGAGUUAUGCGAUGAUGAGUUCGAAGAGCAUGUCCUUGCAUACAACCCCGAAACCGCCGGUCUCUACCUUCACGGCAUCAACUUAAACCUCCCCGAGUUUGCCACGUACCCUCAUGAGCUUGUCGACAGGUUCGCAUCUGAAUGGGGCUUUAAGCACACCAUGUUCAUCACAGAAAACGACAUCUCAACAGUCAAAUCCUUCCUCGACAAAAUCGCAGAGACUGGAAGUUACCAUGGCAGAGAGACUGAGGGUUUCGUCGUCAGAUGUCAGGCACGCGAGACACGAGAUGCACCAUUCGAGGACUGGUUCUUCAAGUACAAGUUCGAGGAACCCUACCUCAUGUACAGACAGUGGAGAGAAUGCACAAAGGCCAUCAUCGCAGAAAAGCCGCCCAAGUUCAAGAAGCACAAGGAGAUUACAGAAGAAUAUCUCCACUAUGCCCGUAAAAGACUGAAGGAGGACCCCAACCUCGGAAAGGAGUACAACCAAAACCAUGGCAUCAUCAAGCUUAGAGACGACUUUUUGGCGGAACGUGGCCUGAAGGGCUCUGACAUAAUUCGUCAGGAGCUUGAGAAGGGCAAUCAGCACGGCAUGGGUGUUGAUCGUAAUGUUGUGCUUGUACCCAUUGCAACCAUCGGUUGCGGUAAGACUACUGUUGCUCUCGCGCUCUGUAAGCUGUUCGGCUGGGGUCACAUUCAGAACGACAACAUCACAUCGAAACCGAAGCCAAUCAAGUUCGCCCAAGCGAUUUGCGAUGGACUCAUAGAUUACCCAGUCAUGAUCGCUGACAGAAACAACCACCAGCGUCGUGAGAGAAAGCAGAUCAUCGACGACGUGUUAAGAACCGUUCCUCAGGCUCACUUUGUCGCUCUCCACUACGUCCAUGAUCGCGCCAAUUAUGAUCAAAUCAAGCAGGCGACACGAGAGCGUGUAUUGAGCAGAGGAGACAACCAUCAGACUAUCCAGGCUGGCUCAAAAGGACAGCACGAGAUCAUUGGUAUCAUGGAUGGCUUCAUGGGCCGUUUCGAGCCUGUCAAGGCUGAGCGCGAGCCUGACAACUCGUUUGAGCACAUCAUCGAUCUUGAUGUCACCGCUUCAUCGCGUGAGAAUCUGGAAGUCAUCGUGUCUCAGCUCAACGCAGAGUUCCCCAAACUCUUUGGUGCGAUGCCGACAGGUGAAGAUCUUGACAGAGCCAUCGAAGCGGCACUGAACGACUACAAACCUGAUAUCAAGCAUGAGAUUGGUGGAAGCAACAAGUUCAAGAACAAGGCUCUCCAGCGCGGUCCCAACGGAGCAAACGGACAACCAGCACGAAAAGCUCCCAAGCUCGAGUACUUCAGUGCAACACUUGAUCCCAAGCGUGUUGCCAGUAUCCUUGACGCAGUCUUCCGUGACGCUGAUUUCGACACUGCAAAGACUUACCACGAGUUACAUACUCGGAACCGUGUUCAGUCUGAGUUUCAUGUCACAUUGAUGCAUCGUGCAUCUGCAACUCAGCACAAGGAUUACUGGGAACAGCUGACAGAAGCCCACACCAACGCCGCAAACAAGCCCAAUGCUGCCCCAGAGCCCGUCCUUGGUAGCUGCAAGGUUUUACUCGAACGUCUUGUCUGGGAUAACAGACUGAUGUGCUUUGUGGUUCGUAUGAUUCCUGACGAAAAAGACCAGGGUGGUGUACAAUGGCGCAGUGUCAACGACACAGCUCACAUCACAGUCGGCACAGUCAGCCCGGAUGUGAAGCCCAAGGAGAGCAAUGACUUGCUGAAGAUAUGGAUGCAGACUGGCAGUGGUGGUAGCACUGGCAUCAACGAGAUCAAGGUCAAGGGCCAAGUCGAGCUCCCAGCUACUAUCAAGAGUGUCUUGCAGAAGCAUUGAGUGUUUUUGAUAAAAGAGGUGGUUAUGUCCUGAUGAACACUAUUAGCAUGGGAUUACAUGGUCGGUUGUAGAAGCGGAGGAGAUGGCGUUGCUGGGAUUCAUCGAUUGCAACAAAGUAUUAGCUACAGUAUACACUGAGCAGUGAUGAAUGUCAGCUUCUAUUGCUGUAUUCUGCCAUGGCUUUCUGCUCCAUCGUGUAGGCUGAAAAUUAUACUUUAGACACGAAAACACAAGUCGUCGUCGGCUAGGUGAACCUCUGAUUGGUCACCAGCCCUACCGGAUAAAUUCAUGAUUGCUGGAUAAACUGUUUCUCGUGAAAGAUGGAGCCUCCUCCGCAAAAGUUUAACC